GAGCGGGUGCGGAGCGGCGCGGCCGCGAGCGGGGGAGGCUGCGGCGGCUGCCCCCGCCCCGCUGCGCACCCCCCGCGGCCGCCUGCGGGACCAGGACCCUCCGUUCAGCCCGGACGGCUUCGGCUAUUUCUAACGGGGGAGGGAAAAGAAAAAAACGCAAAGCCCCAAGCGCCGGCGGCAGCGGCGGAGGAGCCGCCGAAAGCGGAGAUCUGGCCACUUUGUGCGUUUUCCAGCCGUCGUUUCUUUCUGUUAUUAUUGCAAUUUUGUGCGAAAGGAAGUUAUGAACAACUGCAAGUCAGGAAGUGGAAAUCCACACCGGUUGUGACAAGCUGGGGCUAAAAACUAUUUCAUUAUUUAUAUAGAUGUGUCUAUCAACAUUCUGCUUUUCAUCCAAAGAAUCGAGGGAAAUACCGGCGAGUCCCGUGUUUGAGGGUGAAUGACAGACCGCAUCUGAGGGAAGGAAGGACUAAAUAUAUCAGUGAAGAACAACCACUGUUAUUUAUUGAACUCAAGAGACCUUUUUUUUUUUUUAACCCAAAGACUGGUUGAGUGAGAGAUUUAAUGGGUCAUUAAAAGGGGGGAAAAAAGCAAUUUUAAAGGCCCUUUUGCUUCUGAAGUGCAGCUAACCUCAAAAAUAGGAGCAGUGCUCGUAAGAGAGAGACACCAGUUAAGGCUCUACACGAUGAUUUUUCUAUCCUAUGGAUAUCAGUUCUGAGAUUACAACCCAAGAAGAUCUGUAAUUGAUCUAGCACCUGAUAAUUUCAAUGCCUAAUAUUCCCCAGGGUUGCUGGAGUACCCUGGGCGCUGCGUGGGACUUUACUCGGGCUAUGCCAUGGGCUGUAUUCAGAGCAUUAGCUGCAAAUCCAAAGUUUUCCGGGAGAGCAUUUCAGUGAUUGAAGUCAAAGCCUCCAUCGAUCCCAUUCCCACCAGCAUCGACGAGUCCUCCAGCGUGGUCCUGCGCUACCGCACCCCUCACUUCCGAGCCUCUGCCCAAGUGUUGGUGCCCCCCAUUCCCAAGAAGGAGACCUGGAUCGUGGGCUGGAUCCAGGCUUGCAGCCACAUGGAAUUUUACAAUCACUACGGGGAACAGGGAAUGUCCAGUUGGGAGCUUCCUGAUCUCCUGGAGGGUAAAAUCCAGGCCAUCAGUGACUCAGACGGAGUGAACUACCCCUGGUACGGAAACACGACCGAGACCUGCACCAUCGUGGGUCCCACCAAGAAGGAGACCAAGUUCAACAUCAGCAUGAACGACAACUUCUACCCGAGCGUGACGUGGGCAGUGCCCGUCAGCGAGAGCAACGUGGCCAAGCUGACGAGCAUCCACCGGGAUCAAAGCUUCACCACCUGGCUGGUGGCAACCAACAUGGCCACCAACGAAAUGGUGACCUUGCAGACUAUCAAAUGGCGCAUGAGGCUGGGCAUCGAGGUCAACCCCAGCAGGCCCCUGGGGCAGCGUGCCAAGCUGCAGGAGCCCUCUGCCCAAGAGCAGCCCCAGGUCCUUAGCAAGAAUGAGCCAAUACCACCCAGUGCCCUUGUCAAACCCAAUGCCAAUGAUGCUCAGGUACUUAUGUGGAGGCCAAAGGAUGGACCACCGCUCGUGGUGAUACCUCCCAAACAUCGAUAAUACAAACCUGACGUCCCGGCACUGAAAGGGAGACAAACCCCCCCCAUCCCCACCAACCCGAAGCAAAACAAUCACUUAGGUAGUAGAACACACACCUAUAAUCUGAGCAAAAUCAAAAUGCACUUUUUAUUCAUUCAACAAAUGCAACCAUUCUACCUUCUCCCAUUGGGACGGAUUUCACUGUGCUAAAGCUAAAGAGGAGACCUUUGACUGGGGUCUGUCUCAUCACUGGAUUCCUAAGGGAAGAAACUAACACUGAUGUCUACCCGGAGAGCUUUUUGGUUUUCCUUUCCUUCCCUACUUGAGUUACUGUUUGAACUUCAGUCUCAUGAGCUUGACCAGACUGCCCAGAACAACAAGAACAUUUUCUUUGGGAUUUUAAAGGGUUUUUUUCUUUCCUCGGGGUUUUUUUUUUGUGUUUUUUUUUCUCCUUCCCCUCUUUGGUUGAGAACAAAUCGAGUUCCUGGAGCAAAAAGUUGACUAUUUAAGAUAAGGGGGUUUUAUCUUUUUUGGUUUUUUUAAGCUGUAAGGUUCUGAGUUGCAAAUCCAAGUCAUGCGGCCUUAUGUAGACUUUGCUUUGCAUUGCCAAACUUUUGCCUUAAAGCUACGUUUGAGAAACAAAACCAACCAACAAACCAACAAAACCACCACCAGGCAGAAUGUCCUUUCUACAGAAUUUCUAGGAGGAAGUUCUGGAAUGAGGAGUAGAUUCAUGAUGGAUGGGAAAAGGGCAUGGAAUUGGACAAAGCACGAUUAAAAAAGACAACAAUCUUCCUGGGUUUAAAAGCUCGAAGAAGGAAACGAGGAAAUAAUCUGAGUUUCAAAGCAAUGCAAAUCACAAACCUGCUGUAGGAUGGCUCUGGAGUGCGAGCUACUGAGCCAUCUCCCUGCUUGGCAGAGGGUUAGCACCCCGGCUUGCACUGCUCACUCUUGGCAAUCUCAGUCUCCCGUUAGUGUUCUGGGAUAAUCUCACCGCUGGAGUUGUGGCCCUAGGAGUAAAAAUUAAUUGGGGAGGGAGAGGGAGGGAUGUCCCACUGGGUUUCUCUUUAGGACAUGCGGGUGUUUGCCCAGCUAGGCCAUGGUCUCACCUCUGCUGCCCCGUUCUCCCCAUGAAAUCCAAAGGAUGCAGCUAUAACAAGUGGGAUAGAAAAAGGCUCCUUCUGAAGUCACUGGAGAUACAGUGGAUGUAAGGGAGGGCAGAUCCUACCUACUGAGUCUGCUCAGCAAUAUCUGUAAGCCAGGAACAGCCACGUGUGAGAACAACAGGCCCCUGUUCCUGGCAAACACUGGAAGGAAAAGCCACGAAAGCCUCUCUUCCCAUGACAGCAAACCACACUGGGGUUAGGGAAUAUUCUUCCAAACAGCCUCAAGGUCUACGUGGCUGGCAGGAAUUGGGCCCAGACAGGACCAUGGGUGAUUCUGUACCUGUCUGGUUGUGGCACAAACAUGGAUGUAGCAAAGGGCAGUGAAGGAGAAGGGGCGAGCAGGGAGUCUCAGGCAUAGAUCCUCCAGGUGCAUGCAGAGCAGCAUCUGGUCCAGAUGGCUUCAGAGAGAAUCAGAUGCAUUUCUGCAGAGGAAGGUGGGAUGGAGGAGCCAUCAGAAAGGGAAGGGGAUAGUCUGCCAGGGGAGGAGGUUCUGCAGUAGGGGUGGCAUUGGGAAGACAGGGCACAGGACGGAGAGUGCAGGAUCUGCUCUCCUGCUCUAGCACGUGGCCUGAGGCAGAUCACUUCCCCUUCCCCUGGAUAAUGUUUCUUCCUCUUGUUAACAAUCUGCCUCAAGAGCUAGGACUGAGGAGAGCUCAGUGUGCCAGAGACCAGCCUGGCCCUGCUGAGCUGGUCUGAACAGGCCUCUCAACCAUACACAUGCUGCUUGAAAGGCUCUCCCCUCGGAGAAGCACCAAUUAGCUGCUAUUGCCAUCUUCAUCUUACACAGAGGACGUUCUCAGCAAGAAAUUCUCCUUCCUCACUUCUCUAAAGCCACACCACCUACUUCAGCCACAGAUUCACCACCACCACUGGCCUGGGGAAAGCUCCUCCUGAAGAUAAGCCCCUCACCAUGACAGUCUCAAACCAGCAAAGAUCCUGGGGCCACGCUGUACCCCCACUUCCAGGGGAGACCACCCUCCUCCGCUGGUUUUCAGCCACGGAGCUGCUCUCUCCAAGGGGCAGAUCUCUGAGGUAGGAAGUCCAGCACUACAAGCAGUUUGCAAACAACUGGACUUGAUCAAAAGCAAAUCCACGAGCCAAAGGUCGCCUAAAUCUAGGCUUUGGGACUGUAAAGGAUGAAGUUAGGGAGACUUUGACUUGCACAAUCACUCUGUAUCAAACUCCAUUUUCUUAAUGUGGAUUCAAAUCUCAGCUAUAGCUCUCCUGGCACAGCCCUUUGGGACUUGUCUGUGUUUUCUCCUAGGCAAUACAUACAGAGGAGGACAAAUGUGAGCUGUGGGUGAAGCUGGUAACGCUGCACGUGUCUCAGCUGCCCCUCAGAUGCAAUCCCAGGCAGUCCUGUGGGUGGGAGCAGAAGGAAUAUUCAUGUCUGGCAUUCACUUUGUCUCCAGGUGCUGAGUACUUAAGAGUUCUCACUGCUGUCAGCAUGGGUCAAAGAAAUCAGACCCAGUUGUCUUAAUUAGCUGCAGGAAGGAAUUCCAAGGAAAGAUUUCUUCUCAGUCACCAAAAAUCACAUUCAGGGAACACCUACACCCUUUUCCACUUAGCUUUGUGUUGGACUGAAGUCUCCCAGUGCAUUAAAUAAAUCUGGUUCCUCCUACUCCCUCUACCUGCUGGACUGGACACAUCCAUGCAAUUUGAUAGCAACCUCCUGGCUAAUUCAUCCCCUUGCACUGAGCAGCCCCAGCUAAGCAGUAAAUACAACAUUCAAAGUUCCCGUUGGGGUUGGCUUUGCAUGGACUUCUCCCUCCCCAAAGAAUGCCUUGAUCCCGUGCCUGGGUCGACAUCUGCCCCUCCUCCACCUCCAUUCGCAUCACCAGACACGACACUGAAAAGGGAUGCUGACUCUUGGGAGAUUUCAUGUGUUGUGAUGAAAAAGUGAUGUUUUCCCAGUGCUGCUUCAUGACAAAACUGACAGGGAUAGACUAUAAAAGGAACAUUGGCUAUAAGUGAGAGGUGCUAUAGACAUUGCUAUUGAUACGGCGGGUUAUGGGUAGAACGGGGCUUGAUGGGGUCCCAAUAGGGACUUAAAUGUCUGGGGACUCAGGGUAUCCUGCAGUGAGGCAGGGGAUAAAUGAGCAGAGGUAAACAAAGCUCCUUCGCUGACAGCUUGUUGCAGAGGCAGGAAUGCACAAGGGAAAGUGGUGGGGUAGGAACAGGGGAUGCUGUACAAGAGCUUGUCUCUGCCUCCCCUCUCUCAUCAAUGAUGUUCAGCUCUUUAGAGCCCCAAAUCGCUCCAGGAGCUGAGUGUGGUACCUGACCAUCUCUGUCAAAACCCCAUAGUGGUCCAGAGUGGGAGGCAGGGGUGAGCCCUGGCUGAGACCACCCCCUGCAGCCUCUCCUCUCAGCCACAAGUGGGGCGAGGACUGCAGCCAGCACUGAGCACGGCUGACAUCACUGACCAGUUGGUUCUCCUUUCCUACCCUUGACACUGAGCGUGGCGAGAGAGGGGCAGCUCCUGGGAGAGUCAGUAAAGAUAUUAAGCAGUGUUGGGGAGGGAUAGACCUGUUAAGCUGGUGCAGUGGAGAGCAAGGCUGGGCCUGGGAGCAGUGGGGGAAGGUGAGGGCUGCCUGAGCCCCGGCACCACCGUCCCUCCUGUCCCGGCUCCUGGUGCAGCAAUAAGAAUCGUCCUUGGUCUUGUAGAGAUACUGUGAAAACAAAACCAAGACAUACCGAGUCUGGACACUUACAGAGAUGUAAAAAACCCCAACCAACAAACCACCCCAAACCCUGCUUUUAUAACAGAGAGAGAAAUAAAGUGAGAUUUUCAAA